AAAGCCACAAACCAUUUGAGAACGAAUCAUAUCAAACCCAGAACAAGAAGAAGACAUCUAUUCCACUCAGAAAAGUAAAUGGAAUUAGGUUCCCCACUUCUUCACCCAAUAAAGGAUUUGAAUAUAUCCAAAAAUGAUAAUUAAGAACAAAAAAAUCCAACCGGCUUCACCAUCCAUCCACUUUUUCCAUUAUAUCAUGUUCAAACCAACCGUUCUUUUAUAUGUCAACAAGCUGUGGCAGCCAUAGUGCCAUACCCAUAAGCCGAAGCAAUGGCAAGCAGAACAGAAAGAUGCAGCGGCUGCCAAACGAUUCUUCUGAUUCCACCAGAAGCACAAACCAUCCGCUGCGCCGUGUGUCAAAGCAUUUCAACUGUUCGACCCUAUGACCACCGCUGGAAUCAAAUCCAUAACGCGUUUGGAGCCGUGAAUCGUGUCCGGUACCGGACCAGCUACCCGACGUCUGGGACAAUUUGUUCUGCGAACUCCGGUGAUGUUCCUCCACCAAGGCCGGUGCUCAGUCUCCCUUCUACUUACGGGAAGAAAAGGGCAUUGCUUUGUGGACUUAAUUACCGGGGGAAGAGUUAUGGACUCAAAGGAGGCAUCAACGAUGUCAAGUGCAUGAAGUACCUUCUGACUCAGACACUGGGAUUUCCUAGUGACUCCAUACUCAUGCUCACAGAAGAUGAGACAGACCCCUUCAAGAUCCCAACAAAACAGAACAUUCGAAAGGCCUUGAGAUGGCUAGUCGAAGGUUGCCAGUCUGGGGACUCCUUAGUGUUUCACUACUCAGGCCAUUCCUCAAGGCAGCGUGACUAUGACAAGGAUGAGCUUGAUGGAUUUGAUGAAGCUUUAUGCCCUCUAGAUCACGAGACUGAGGGGCUGAUAAUUGAUGAUGAAAUCAAUGCCACUAUUGUGAGACCUCUGUCCGGAGGAGUAACUCUGCAUACUAUAAUUGAUGCCUGCUACAGUGGAACCAUGCUUGAUCUGCCAUUUUUAUGCAGAAUGAACAGGGAGGGAUACUAUAUCUGGGAAGAUCAUAGACGCUCCGAAUCAAAUGUUUAUAAGGGAACAAGUGGUGGACUAGCCCUAUGUUUUAGUGCUUGUGAUGAUGAUCAAAUCAGUGCAGACACUACUGCUUUCACGGGUACCAAAACCAGGACAGGUGCCAUGACUUUCAGCUUCAUUCAAGCUGUGCAAAAUGAACCUGGAUUGACAUAUGGUCGCUUGCUUACUGCAAUGCGAUCUGCCAUUCGUGAAGCUAAAAAUGGUCUUAAACUAAAUGGUCCAAUUGCAGCCCUUGUUAACAAAGCUUUGUUUCGCUUGCAGCCACAGGAGCCACAGCUAUCUUCCUCAGAGAAAUUUGACAUCUACUCAAGGAAAUUUGUACUAUAGACUGGAAGCUAACUCCUUUGCCAAUGAUCUUGGCUAAAGUUGGCGUGGACAGACAGGAAGCGAUGUUUUUCCUUGUGUUAAGUUGUUUUCUUUAAAUUUCUGUUUUCUUCCUUGGGAUGGUCAGCAGUACUCUGCUAGUUGGUGCUUUGGUUCUUACCGUUGCUGUUUGUAUUUACACUGAAUAGGGUCUGUGAUUCUGUUUUCAUUGUGUUGCUCAGGCUCUGUUGGCUUUGUGAUUGUGGAUGUUUGUGUUCCCUGUACGUACACCUACAUGCUGUUCAAAACAAUUCAGUCUUUUGCCUUUCGAAAAAGCAAUCAAAGACAAAAUAUUUU